AUGGCAUUCGAGCCCUCCCAAGAGGAGAUGGCUGAAAUGCAGAAGCUCUCGAACGACUAUGAACCCGAAGUCACGGGUCCACUCGUCAGUGAGCUGCUACCGAGCAGUGCGAUAACCACCGAAUACGCAAAUGCCGACCCGGUGUAUCAGAGGAAGACGGCGGCCCUACCGCACAAAUAUUCGCACUAUCGGACAUGCAGAGGGGACGGACAUUGCGGAUGGAGAGCUGUUGCAUUUAGCUACUAUGAAGCACUCUAUAACACCGGCAACAAGAGCAAGUUCUACUCCGAAGAAGCGCGACUACGUUCCCUGGGGAAUCUUUUGAACCAAGUUGGCUUUCCGGAACACCUCUACGAAGACUUUGCGAUUGAAGCAUUCCAACUGCUGCAAGAGACGGCGGUGGCCAUGGAGAACAACGAUGGUGGUGCGAAAUUAUUGGCCGCCUUUAACGAUGAGUCUCUAUCCAUGAGUAUCAUCACCUAUCUGAAGCUUCUUACUAGCGCGUAUAUCCAAACCCAUCCGGACGAGUAUUCCCCCUACAUGAACCAUGGGCAGAGUGUUCAGAAUUACUGCCAAUCCUCAAUUGAGCCGGUCAUGUCUGAAAUUGAACACGUUGGCAUGAGCGCACUUGUCGAGGUGCUUGUCAAACCAGCCGGCAUGGCAAUGGAGAUCCUCUAUCUGGAUCGCAGCCAAGGAGAGGAAGUCAACACGUACCGAUGGGACCCCGUGGAUGGCACAGGUAUCACAGUGUCUGAUCCGUCGACAUUGCGUUUACUCUACAGGCCCGGACACUACGACAUCCUGUACAAGAUGGAGCCUCUACCUCAAAGCGCCAUCGCCCAACCCCAACAGCAACCCCCUGUCUUCGUCGCCCUUGCCAACGCCAUCGACUCCCACAUUCCCCAAACGAUCGGGUUCUCAGACUACGCCAUUCCCGGCCUUUCCUUCGUCUCUCCACCCUCGCUCGGUUGGUCUUCGAUGACCACAUCCACACCUCUCUACCCAUCGGCUCAAUCUCCUUGCUACGACUUCGCACCCACCGCAACCCCAAUCGCUGCCAUCCCGGCGCCUGCACCGUCUUCCAACCUGGUGUCAAUGCCACAACAUCAUGCAAACAGCAGCGGGAGCUCCGCCGAGGUCGGCAGCCACGUGCAUACUCACGGACACUCGGAGAUCCAUGCCGACCUCAACGCCCAUGGCUCAACACACACUCACGCACUGGCCCACUCGCAAUCGCACUCUUCCCACCCCCACACCACUACUUACGCGCACACGCCCGCAACGAUGGCGCUACCGCCCGAUUUCUUAGUGUCCGGCAUGCAACCCGAGAUCCCGCAAACCCCGCCUGUCGGCCUAUCGUUGGGUACCCCAUCAGGUCUAGCGAUUGACCGCGGAGGACCGUUCAGACCCUCGGCCUGGGAGCUAAAGCCAAACUUUUCUGCGGCAGGGUUGGGCGGUGUGCCACUCCAAACGGCAAUUUUCAGAAAUUCACAUUACAACACCGCCCACUUCAACAACCCAGACUUCCAACCGGAAGAAUGGAGCCCCGAGACGGAACUCCCUGUCCACGAACGGCCUCGCAAAAAAUCAGCGCAUUAG